AUGAAACCAGACACCCCACCAAAUAUCCCUCAGAUCUCUUCAGUCUUAUGCAAUGCUAUUCACACUCAGUUGUUAAACAACCCACAUACAAUUGCUUUCACUUUUGUCGUCAACGCAGAAACACAAACAGCGGAGAUCAUUUCAACAUCUAAAUUCACAACACUGUUGAACCAAGAGUUGAUAAAGAACUUCAUCCAGAUCGCAACGGCAAAUGUCGAAGAGCCACAAACACCAAAAGACGCCGUCGACAAAUUUCGCGUCUAUAAAAUCCCACUCCCACCCCCUUCAAACGAACAUCCACAAGGCCAAGGCAUUCCGUCUGUGAAAAUGGAAGAAGAACGGCCGUUCACCCCAUCACGACGGAUGACACCAAUCACACGGUCGUCGCCGCGAAUGUCUCCGGCGACACCAAAUCCAAAUUAUGCACAACUUGAGCCCGAGCUUGUGUUACCGAAACCGCCGCAGUGCACAUCGCCAAGAAGAAAUAAACGAACACCGACACCACAUAAACAGUGUUUCCAUCAAACGAUAGAUACCACUAUAGAUGACUCGACGAAACAAAAGUUAAUCAAUGUACUUGGAAAGAACCCGGGAGAUGAGUGGAAAGAACCAAAGUGA